AUCAUUUUACAACACCAGAUGGCACUACCAUAAAGAUUAGAAUGUCAUAUAUUCUUUAUCAAAUUUAUCUGUCUGUAUUGAACAGUUUUAAUUUAAAGUAAGUAUAAUCUAUUAGAUAAAUGCUACUCUUUAACUUUAUUUAUAUUAGAAUAACAGAACCCAUUUGGUAAACUUAGGAAACAUUCGUAGACUUUUCAAUUACCCAUUUUUAAGUAGACCUUAUAUUCCGUACGUUUACAGGGCAAAUCUGAUGCAAUGGUUAUGAAUAAAAUACGGAUACUUCUAAUUCGAUCGUAUAAUACCAUGUUUAAUAAAUAUUUACUGGUAACGAAUAUUGCCACAUGUUCGGUCAUGUUAGGUCUAGGUGAAGUUGCUGUACAACAAAUAGAAAUGUAUAGAAAUCAUAGAGAGAAGCGAGAUUGGUCAACAGUUGGUAGAAUGAUGAUUCUGGGAGGGAUAAAUGGUCCAUUGAAUCAUUAUUGGUAUACAAAUUUAGAUAAAUUUUUUCCGGGAAGAAAUCUUGGACCAAUCGUUAAAAAGAUUAUCAUGGAUGAAACAAUUGGAUCUGUUAUGUUUACAAGUAUAUUUUUCAUUGGAGCUGGACUUUUAGCUGGUCAUACUCUAAAUGAUGCUGUAGACGAAUUGAAAUCAAAAUUUAUAACUGUAUAUAAAGCUGACUUGACUAUAUGGCCUGUAGCACAACUAAUAAAUUUUUAUUUAAUUCCUAUUAAAUUCAGGGUAAUAUUUGUAGCAUUUCUUAGUUUUGGAUGGUGUUCUUUUCUAUGUUACAUGAGUAGUGUAGAAGUUGAUAAAGAUGAGGGAGAAAUUUCAAAAGUCUCACUUAAAGCUAUAAAAGAACCUUAGUGCAAAAAACCAUUGUGCCUAUGAAUCCACUAAAGAGAUAAACUAAAGACAAUAUCUUGUCAUAAAUGGAACCUUCAUUGUCUAUUUCUGUUAUAAAAGUUAGUUGUCUAAUCUGAUUAGGAAGACGGUUGUUCUAAUAUAAUAUAUUGUAGUUCUCCACAAACCGGUAGAAUUGUUUUCUGUAAAUUUCAAUAGUAAGACUGUCUCAUAAGUCCUAAAGUCUUUGGUUAUGUAUUAGGUCAAUUUUUAUUUAUCAGGCAUAUUGUCUGAAUUACGAGAUAGUCGAAUGUAUUUAGAAUGCAAUUAUCAGUUGUGAAAUCCCAUAUAAAACAAAAAUACAUCAAUUUUGUUUGGAUUAUCUGAGUAAUCUAUGCUUAAUCUGACAGAAUAAAAGUCGUUCGAAUACUGUGAAACUGAUUCAUACAUAUAUCUUCCCGCCACAGGAUAAAUCACGUUUUAAUAGAAUGGAUAUUCACCAAAUGUCAAUUUGUUCAUUUCGAGAAACGUUAAGGAUCUUAAUAAAACCGCUGAUCCCAGAAAUGAGAGAAAGUAUUUCAUUCCGUUUCCGUUUAUUCCUCUCGCUCUCUCUUUAACCCUAUCUUAAUAUCUCUCUUAUAUUAAAAUUAUACAGAAUAAACAAUACAUUACAGAGAGACUUUGUGUAUUUUAUAUAAGACUUGAAUAUUUUUUAUGUGUACAUUAUCUGUUUUAUCGUUCUUUCUUUUGAAGCCAAUAUCUUUUGAAUAUCAAUUUACCGUAAGAUUUUUCAGAGCAAGAAGUUUAAGCAAAAAAGAAAAUAUUCAAUCUGUUUAUAUAUGUAUAUAUAUUAAUAUUUUUUCAGCUCAGAGUCUAAAGCUCAAUUGACAUUCCGUGAUAAUAUUAAAUUAUGCAAAAUAGAAGGAAUGUUUAAUAAAUGGGGAGGGAAAAAUAUGAAAAUAGGGGUGGAGGGAAUAUU